AUGGAGGAGCCUGGUCUGCUUGGAUUUUGCUUUUCUUUUUUCACCUGUGGAAAAGAACAAUUUAGAUGCAAUAUCAGCAUUCAGUUCUUGGUGCAGAAGAGACUUGCAGUCAAGUUGGCUUCCAGUGAGAUUAUUUUGGGUACUACUGUUCCUUCAUUGGCUAUUGGAGCUAAUACAUUUUCAGAAAGUGAAGGUAAAAUUUACUGGAAGAAAGGUGUUGGUUGCUGCAUGGGUACAUUCGAUCAAACUGUGCAUGUUCUUGACCUGUCUCCCAAGGUGACCCUCAGUGAGCUUACAAAUUUCUUCUCCUACUGUGGAACAGUAGACAAAGUUCAGCUGGUGAGAAACAGAGACGAAUCACAAAUAGCUUAUGUGACAUUCAGGCAGCCUUCUGCCCUCCAAACUGCUCUUCUCUUAAACGGUGCCAUAGUCGUGGAUCGUCCUAUUCGUGUUUUCCGUUUGCAGAAGUCAGUGGAUAUUCCCAUUUCUGAGGAAAAUAUUGAUGGAUCGCAGAAGAAGCAAAGGCAAGGGAGUCUGGUUCCAGGUGCAGAGUAUGUAGUCCAAGCUCUAGCUUUGGAAGGAUAUGAGGUAUUUAGGAGGGCCAAGGAAGAAGUGGAGGAAAAAUACAAGAUACUCUCAGAGAAAGGAAAAGUAGUGACACAACAAACAAGAAUGGCAAUUUCAGCAGUGGAGCAAACGGCAGAACACAUGAGGUCAGCCAUAACGAGCAAUAACCAUUUCUCUUCUGCAGGCGCUCUUUUUGUAUCUGGUGUCAAAGAUGUGCUUCACAAGGCAGGUAAAUGUGCUGCCGACUUGGGCAAUAGUAACAGCAAGCGAAGCAAACCCAACUCCAGGAAGCAGAAAUGAUUCAUCACAGCCUACCCCGUCCUCUUUUUUCUUUUUUUUUUUCUCUUUUUUCUUAAUAAUUAUUAGGUAUUAUAUGUUUAAUUUUGAAUC